AUGGCCGCGGCGGGGUCCCGGGAGCUCGGCUUCGGGGCGGGCGCCGCGUUCCCCGCGCCCCCGCCCGGCCCCGCCGCCCCGCCGCCCCCGCGCCCCGGCCCCUUCGCGGGCUUCCCGGGCGGGGACCCCGCGCCGCCCGCCCCGUCGCAGCGCCGCAAGCGCACGUCGUUCAGCGCCGAGCAGCUGCAGCUGCUGGAGCUCGUGUUCCGCCGGACCAUGUACCCCGACAUCCACCUGCGCGAGCGCCUGGCCGCGCUCACGCUGCUCCCCGAGUCCCGGAUCCAGCCCCUCUUGUCUCCCUGCUUCCAGGUGUGGUUCCAGAACAGACGUGCCAAGUCGCGGCGUCAGAGCGGGAAACCCUGUCACCCCUCGGCCAGGCCGGAGCUGUUCCUCCUCCGCUCUGCUCAGGGGAGCGAAGCGAAAUGCCUAAAGCCCCAGCUGCCUCUUGAAACCGAUGGGACCUGCCCGCCCGAUCCCUACAGGCUGGGAGAGGGCAUCUCUGCCCCUCACUGCCAGGGUCAGCGUUUUGAAACCUAUUGCCCCCUCUCUGAAGGCCCCAGUUCAAAGCUGGACUUCUGGGAGGAACACAUCUUUUCUGCCUUUGGAAACUCUUGAGCACAGGCGGACUCGGGCCGAUCCCACAGGAGCUGGAGGCUGGAGGCAAAGGCGACACACCUCACUCUCCUCAGAAGCCUGGAGAAGCCUCCAGGGGGCACCAGAUGGGAAAGACCUUCCACUUACCUUCCCAGACUAGCAGGCGAUGUCUCUGGCCAGCAGGGCGGUUGUGCGGAUCGGAAGGUCACCCCUGGACAGUGCGUGACCUUCUCGGAGCCGCUCCUGUCCGCUCCUGUCCGUCGGGGACCAAAUGAGCCCCCCUCUUUCUCUUAAACGCUUGAGGCUCCCUCCCCCCGCCAAGUCUGAACCUUCCCCUGAUCUUGAUUCUGUACCUCUUCCUGCCCCCACGCUGUGUCUCUCUUUCUCUCAAAGAUAAGUAAAUAUUAAAAGAAAUGCGUGCAAAUU